AUGGGUCUAACGUGGUUAUGGGCUUCUUGUAGGACGACAAAAUUAAUACCGUUGAUUCAGACCACCAUAAUUGGAAGCCAAACAGCCAUAAGCGGUGAUAGUAACAGUGUAUUGGAUUAUUGGUUUCUAGGUUUACAAAUAGUGUGCGAUUGCGCGAUUGUUUAUAUUGGACAGCAAGCAUGGAUUAGAGCUUACGCCGGUGCUAAAGCAACUUUGUUUUCUGGAGGAUUGGUUAGAUUUUGGUUCCUCACCAUAGUUAACUUUGCCUUAUUGUUAAGACUGGUAUGUUAUAUUGCGACCCAAUUCAUUUCGACAUACUUUAUAAUUUCUUGGGCUUAUUACCUACCAAGUCUGGUUUCCCUGUCGGCUUAUUCCUUACUUGUUGUGUUCUUUGGAGACAUCCGGGAUUUCAAAACUUCGCGCAAUCUUAAUUAUGUAGCUCCUAGCUUGAUCGCUUUUAACAUACUGAUUUAUGUGCUCUUUGUAGUAGUGGCAUCAUUAGCGCACCUAAAGCAUGCUCAUCGAGAAUUUAGAGCAGCAGGUUCGAUAUUCAUUGGCGCUUUUCAUUUACUUCUCAGUGUUACAUGGCUGUACCAAGCCGGCGCGCUCGCAAUAAGGCUCAAUAUGCACCCGUUCUCCGCUGUACGACUGCAAGACCCUUUACUAAUGGAUCUUAAUGUUGAUGCCCCAUUAACGCAACGUGAUUGCCUUACUCAGCAUGAUUGCUUUGCACAACACGAUUGCCUAAUGCAAAACGAUUGCCUAAUGCAAAACGAUUGCCUAAUGCAAAACGAUUGCCUAAUGCAAAACGAUUGCCUUGCGCAAAGACUCGAGGAGUCAUGUGAUAGUGCACAAGAACCCGCCACGCAUUGUUGUCUGCAGGUGUACGGACAUUACGAGACAGACAGCAGACAUUGUGCCAACAACCGUUAUCAACACUAUAAGGGCAUAUUGUGCCCCAAGAAAUGCUGCCGGACUCUUAUUCAAGAAGCAAAGGCGGUACGUUGGAGACUUUGGAUGCUGACCAUCUUAUGCCCCCUGCUCUUCGGAUUUUCUGCUGUGGUAGAGCUCCAAAGAGGGCUCUCCUGGCUGAAAGCGAACAGCCGGGAAGACGCCAAGGUCGGGUUCUUCACCGAGACUUGCUGGACCAACGUGAUACUCUUUGUCUGCGAAAUGGUACCAACAGCACUCUGCAUUUCCGUGUUUGCCAAUGACCAUCAAGACGCACAAGAAAUGUUACAGUGCUGA